AUGAGCCGACAGCAGGAGGCUACUCCCGGUGACCAAGCGGUUUCCGCCUCUGUGCGUGAGGAGUCGACUAACGUGGCGAAAGAGAGUUUUGUGGCUAAGGAUGUACAUCAGGAUGACUCAAAGGUGCUUUAUAGCUGCAUCGAUGCGGAAGAUGAGCCUUACAAGUACGCUCUCAUGUGCGCGCCCACUUAUGCUUGA